AGAGCAUGGUACAUAUCUGAAAGAAGUGGGUCGCAAGCACACCUCUUGAUUAAUCGUUUUGUCUAGCGCUCCGUCACAUGUGGACAGUUAAUUUGGUACAUGGUUGGUUUACUGACUAGGGGACUUUGGGAUUGGCCUGUUGGUUUCUGGAGUCGGUAUUCCCUUUUUGUGUUAUGUUGCAUCCUCGUCUCUUUGUUUUGUUUUUGUGUUGGUACAGCAUCUGUUGAUUCUGGGUUGUUCGCUCGCCGUGACACAGCAUUCAUCACUGCUUCAGGGGUUUGGGUAUCUGGGGUGUAUGUCUCCGGGGCCUCUCGUUUCCCGCUCAUCUUUGGGGGGUUCCAGGUGUUUUAUUUCUUGUUUGGUUCAGGGUCCGGUCGUGAGUUUGGUCGAAGCAUCCUGAGUCCUUUUCUUCGCGUGUUAUUUAAUGGGGGUUUGUCUUUCAUCACCGGGCAAACAUCAUCAAAAGAGUUACUGGAGUCUGUUGAUCUGCAGAGAGUUCUGGAUUGUCUUUAUGUUAUGUUUUUCCUCCGUUAAUAGGUUUAUAUUUUCUUUUUGCUUCUGUUCUGGUCAUACUGGUAUACCUUCUCUACUGUCUGGUGUCUGCAUCUAGGUUGUCGUAUCUUCUUAUCGAGU